AGCUGAUUUAUAAACACGAUUUUCCAAGUGUAGUUUAGUUAGUGUAAGCGACUAACUAGUUGUGUUGUUCUAUUCAACGUGCAAUGAUUUUGUGCUAAUUCUAGCAAUAAAAUAGCACUGACCAUAGGUCGAGCGAUUCAGUUUUAGGGCGCUCGUCACAGCAAUACGUUUAAGCCUCGAUUUAGCUAUAAAAUCAUAAGGAUAACUAGGAUUUGAAAGGAGCUUCAACAGCAUGCAGUAUAUUGCGGUUAUAUUGUGCCUUAUGGCCUAUCAUAUUCAUGCAGCACCUGCGGAAACUAAAUACUUGGCGGCCAAUGUGACAAAGUGUUCGCAGGAAGCCCUCGAGGCUGGAGAUUGUGUUGCAACAAUUUUAAAUACGCUUUUACCAGGCCUGCGAAAUGGAGACCCUGAACUAAAUAUUCCUGCCUACGAUCCAUUUGUUAUCGAUCGAUUGAGUUUCCAGUAUUCGAGUGGUGCAGUUAGUGGUCGCAUCUCAGUGCGAAAUGUUGAGCUCUUUGGCUUUGCCGAUCUCAAGAUCCAAAAGGUGUAUAUUAAGAGUAAUAGUAAGAAGCUUCAACUUAAGCUUCAAUCUUUUUUGCCCAAAAUGAACAUUAUUGGUGAUUACAAGGCAGACAUUCAUGUGAAUCAACUGAAUUUGAAACCCAAAGGCAAAUUCAACUUGACGCUGUAUGAUGUCGAGAACAUUUUGACUACGGAAGGUGAGUAUUAUACAAAAGCUGAUGGACUUCGAUUUGUACGACUCGUUGACAUCGAUACAAAUCCAAAAAUUGGCAAUAUGAUAAUCAAGGCUAAUGGCAUCUUUCCAGAUCCCGAAUUGGAUGAAAUUGCUUUGAAUGUGGCAAACAGUUAUUGGCGUGAUAUUUAUGGUAUUAUUUUGCCCGAAACACGAAAGUCUUGGGCUCCGCUCCUGUUGCGCCUGAUCAACCAGUCUCUGAUGAAUGUACCCAUCGAUCAGUUUAUUGAAUCAUCGGAUUAGUCCAUAAGAAACUAUUGUUAUUAAUGUACAUUUCGUGUGAUUAUCUUUUAGUAAAUAUUUCUGUACAAAUAUCUCAAUUAAAACGGAUUUUGCACCCGUACUUGUACUUGUAA